CUCUUUCUAGAUUUUCCAAUACGAGAUAAUAUGACACAAAAUCAACCAUAUCUCGAUAUGAGAUCUCAACCCCAUCUCAUCAAGAAAUAGCCCAUAACUCGCCUCUCUUGCUACGCUUUGAAGAAAAAAACAUAUUGUUGAUGAGAUUUUGGUGCUCUUGCCUGCCAAAUUUCAUUCCUACACUACAUGUAAUAUAUCUACAUGUGCUACGUAAUAUGUAAUACACCUAUGUAGUUAUGUGGCUUAUAUCUUAUGUCAUUUCAAUGUAUGUGAAUGUGACUCAUCAGUCAUCGAUUUUAAAUAUUAAACAAUUAAAUAAUUAUCUAUGAUGUCUAUUAAAUUCUUAUGAUUAUUUACAGUUUUGAAAUUGAUUAUAUGUGUUAUAACUUCUAAAAGUAUUAUAGUUGUGUUGUAUGUUAAAUGUGGAUUGUGGAAUAAAGCAUACUAGCCUAGGGUCCGAACAGUUGGAGACUGCUUACAUAGGGUAUGAAGUUUAAAUAUCAUUUUAGUUUUUAUUUUUUAAAAAACUGAUGUUUCCACAUGUUUAGAAGGCCUAAAAUAAGGUAAAUGGCAAGUUUCAGGGGGCUACAAAGAUCAUAUGGCCACCGAGUCAACCGGAAAAAAAUGCAAGAUCUUGGGGAGAUCUCGCCGUAUCUCUAUUUUUUUGCUUAGCAAGAUUAGGGGGGAGAUCGAGAUCUUAAACCUUGCUUGCGUGAUAACUGAAUUACUGGAAUCACUAUAGCCAUUCAAUUCUAUGAUUUCUCAACUACUCAGUCAUAUAGAUUAAUAUGAUUAAAAGAACCCAUUUACCAAACAAUAAAAAAAGGAUCAAAGAACCCUAAGCAUCUUCCUUUGAAUUACUAGUGCUAGUCUUGACUGAGUACUUCAUUUUAGGGUCUUGGUACAGAUAAACUUGCAGUGUUUGUUCCAUUCAUUGAAAAGUAUAUACUGGGGCUAGGCAGUGUUAGCUAUAGAAUAACUAAGGAAACUCUCAAACUCCUCUAUGACAGAUAUGUCUUCCUCUUUCCAGAUUUAAAGUUGGAAGGGAUUGAGGGUACCUUCAAGGAUAGUUCACCAAUUUUCUGUACCUUGUCUCUGUUAUUUCAUUAAGAGUGAUGCAGUACUCUUUCCAUAUAUUCACUACCCAUGUGUGUCUAAUUAAAAACUCUAGAAUCCUCCACAAUGAAUGAAAAUAUAUCGCAAUCAUGAGGCUACAAUGUAACGAUAGUAAAUGUUUACAGGGAAAAAAAAAAAACUUUUUUUCUGAAUAUAGAAUGCUCCUGGAACCACAAAUAAAAGCUAGACAAGUCAAGCUAUAUAUGACAAUUCUAUUACACAAUUAAAAUUCACUACUCACAAGUACAGUUAUGAGAAAGUGAUAUGGGAAACCAUUAAUUUAUACGCGAAAUGCACUAUUCACAAGUACAACUAUGAGCAAGUGAUAUGGAAAACCAAUACUUACACGCGAAAAUCACUACUCACAAGUACAGCUAAGAGCAAUUGAAAAGGAAAACCGUUACUUACAUGUGUCGGGAACUUACUGUCCCAGAUAACGUUACAAUAACUGAUAAUUAACCAGUACAGCAGGCAAAUCUCAAUCCCUUCUUUUCCUUUUUAAAAGCAAUGCAGGAAAGUGAAAUGUAUCUGGUUCCACUCGCCUAUGGUUAUACCAGAAGGUGGUUUUGAGAAGGUUUAUACACAUGAUAAGAAUAAAUGUUACAAAAGCUUACCUUCUACCCCUAUAUAUUCAAUAAGACAAUCCUCUGCUCUGUCAAGGUCCAUAGGGAGAGUAGAACCACCAAGGUGAUCAGUUUCUCUCUGUUGUCCUAUUCAUCUCUCUUGUGGUUUCUAUUGUUAGACCUCAUCUAUCUGUCCAAUUCAUCCUUCCUGUUGCUUCUAGUAGCAGACCUCUUAUAUCUCAACCAUCGAUCCAAGUUAAGCAUCCAGCAGGCUUCUUGUGUUGCUGGGGAAGAAUCUCUAUCUUAUAGGAAGAAGAAGAACACAUGGAUAUGUGGAGUCCAUAUUCUAAUUUAAUGAGUACAUCUCAGGGCCAGAAAGAAGUCUGGGACAAGCAGGAUAUAACCGCAUGCAGUGGAAUCCAAGAUGUAGAUACCCAGAAAGGCAAUGUUCAUAAGAACGGCAUUUGCAAUAUUUGUGGUGGUGAAGGUUGUGUUUGUUGUCCAUUGAAAUAUCAUGAAGAUUGUGUUGGCAUUAAGAAACUUUCCGAAGUCACUUUUCACUGCCCAAUCUGUGUCUGCAAAAUUUGUGGGAAGGUUGGUAAUGAUCAAGCCCCGGCAUUCAGAUGUUUACAAUGCGAUGAAUUUUAUCAUUGGCAUUGUAUUGGAGCAGCAGCUGGUGAUGUUGAAGGUGAUCCCAAUCAGGAUCCCUACUUCUGUGGGGAAACUUGUAAAGAGGUCAACUUGAAAUUGUUAAACCUCCUUGGCAUCCCACAUAACAUAGGAAAUGGGCUUUCAUGUACUCUCAACCAGAGUAUAGAUCCAGAGACAGUAUCUCGCCAAGGACUGCCUUGGGAUGAAAGGAUGGAUGGUAGUGCAAAGCUUGCUCUGGCAUUUAAAGUCUUUGAAGAAUGCUUCCAACCUAACCUUGACAGUGAGGCCAGCUUGGAUAGGAUCCCAACCACCGUUUUCAACUCUGAAUCAAAACCGAGUAGAGUCGAUUGUCAUGGAUUCUACAUAUUUACUUUGGAUAAAGAAGAUGAUGUAAUUGCUGCAGCAUCCAUCAGGAUCCAUGGGACCAAGAUAGCUGAGAUGCCAUUUAUUGAAACAAGAGAGAAGUAUAGAUCUGAAGGACUGUGUCGUAGAUUAGUAGAAACAAUUGGAUAUAUUCUUCUCUCCAUCAAGGUCGAGAAAUUGGUCUUACCUUCAACGCCUGAACAUGUUGAUUACUGGACAACACAUUUGGGAUUCAUGCAUAUAAGUGAGAUACAAAGAAGAGAAAUGAUGUCUAUGAAUUUGAUGAUGUUCAAGGAUGCAGUUUUAUUGGAGAAGACCUUAUUCCGACAGGGUGGUUCCAAAGAAGAUCAAAAUGGAGUUGAAGAAGAUGGUCCUGGAGGAGAAGAUCAGCCACCCGUUGACCGUCCGAUUGAUCUAAACCUUGAACCACCUGAAGAUGAUGCUAUUAUGAACAAUGUACAGGAGAAUAAUGUGCAGGAGAAUAAUGUGCACCAUGAUAAUGUGGAAAAUAACGAACAAGAGAGACCACAACCCUUGGGGAUAUUCCUAACAUUGGCACCUGAUGAUAGUCUGCAACUCACUAGAUUAUUCGCCGACGGCCAGUCUGUAUUCAGAUCUGCAAGUGGAAGAGAAGAGGACCGACCAGUUGCCCACUAGCCGUGACCAACUGCAUGCAGGAGUCACAAGUGUUGGCCCUUGAGGGCUGGCUGCAACAGGCUGCAACAAGGCCCUUGGCACUAUUUGUGGUUUAAGAUCUGAAAUCAUUAGAAAAGAGAGAGAGAGAGAGAG